AAACAGUUUUUUAGGGUUAAGAGUCUGUUCCGUAAAACAAUAUACUUUCACUCAGCUUCCACUUUUCACUUUGUUUACUUCUAUUUAUUAUUACAAAUUCCUCUCUUUCGAUCAUGGAGUCCGACGGCGACAUGUACGAGGAUAGUGACGUAGAAUCCGCCGGCGAUGAUUACUACGGCGACGGAGACGCUUCCGACGACGUCAGCGCCGCCGAUGACGACGACUUUAUCGGUAAUAUUGAUCCUGAUGACUCCGAUGAUCUUUGCGCUAAGAAAAACUACGUCGUUUUAUCGGACGAUGAUAUUCGUCGUCUCAUGGACGAUGAUAUCUCUAAGGUUUUCUCAGUCCUCUCAGUUUCCAAAAUUGAAGCAUCUGCUUUGCUCCGACGGUAUAAUUGGAGUGUGAGUAAAGUUCACGAGGAGUGGUUCGCCGAUGAAUCGAAAGUUCGAGAAGCUAUUGGCUUGAAAAUAAAUAAUAAAACCAUUCAAUUUCGGGAAUUGAAUUCAGUAGUUUGUGUAAUUUGCUUUGAGGAUUAUUCAUCGGAUGGAAUUCUGGCGUCUGCUUGUGGUCAUCCUUUCUGUGUUGAAUGUUGGCGAGGGUAUAUUAGUAAUUCCAUAGCUGAUGGUUCUGGAUGUUUGAAUUUACGAUGUCCUGAACCGUCUUGUAAAGUUGCCGUCACACAAGAUAUGAUCGAUCUUUUAGCGUCCGAUGUUGAUAAAAAGAAGUAUUAUGGAUUUCUUUUUCGUUCUUACGUUGAGCAAAGCAGGAAAAUUAAAUGGUGUCCUGCUCCGGGAUGUAAUUUCGCUGUUGAAUUUGAUAUAGGGAGUGAUAAUUGCGAUGUUAUGUGUAACUGUUCACAUUAUUUUUGUUGGAAUUGUACGGAUGAAGCUCAUCGACCCGUUGAUUGUGAAACAGUGAGGAAAUGGAAGGAGAAGAACAGAGCAGAAUCAGAAAAUACGAGCUGGAUUUUGGCUUACACAAAACCUUGUCCCAAAUGCAAACGCCCAAUUGAGAAGAACGAAGGGUGUAUGCGAAUGACUUGUACAAACCCUUGCACCUAUCAGUUCUGUUGGCUGUGUCUUAAUUCUUGGGAAAUUCACGGGUAUAAACCGUGUAACAAGUACAAGCCGGGGAAUGAAGAUGAGAAAAAGAAAGAAAUGGCAAAGCAAUCUAUUAUGAAAUACACGCAUUAUUACGAGAGAUGGGCUGCAAAUGAGAAGUCGAGGCGAAAAGCUGUAGAGGAUAUGAGGAGAAUGGAUGAAGUGAAUGUUAAGGAGCUGAGUAAAUUGCAGAGAAUACCAGAGACACAAUUGAAGUUUAUUUUAGAUGCUUGGAAUCAGAUUAUUGAAUGUAGGAGAGUGUUGAAAUGGACUUAUGCUUAUGGAUUUUACUUGCCUAAUGAGGAGGAAACGAAAAGGCAGUUCUUUGAGUACUUGCAAGGUCAGGCUGAGGUUGGUUUGGAGAGACUACACCAUUGUGCAGAGAAGGAACUGGAGAUUUAUUUGAAUGUUGAAGAAAGUGAUUCGAAAACAUUUUAUGAUUUUCGUAGAAAGCUUACUGGUUUGACUAGUGUGACUAAGAAUUACUUUGAGAAUUUAGUUAGAGCACUUGAGAAUGGUCUUGAAGAUGUGGAUCCUCUUAAUGCAAAAUAAGAUUGUCUUUGUACCUAAACCAAAUAGAUGGAUUAGUGAAUAAUUCCGGUCUACUUGUUUUGGUGGGCAAAAUUAUUCGACAGACGUGCUAAAAAAUGCAAAUAAAUGCAAAUACCUGAUAACUGACACCACUAGGACACCACUAGUCGUGAGGGUUCAGCACGAUACAGAGGCAGAACUGUGAGGCCAACAGACAAUAAGGCAAAGUCAGGCAAAGUCAGGCUACAUUGGGCAUGUCAAGCGGAUUCUCUCCUGUCGCUCUUUUUGGUUCAUAUUGCAGCCUCAAAUUGUCGUUUUGAGGUCUCACUCCUUUUUUUUCCCUUAAAGAAUAAUGGAAGUUACGUUAUUUUGUGUUAGCAUUUUAUUUAUAAAUUUAAGAUUAUUACAUUGUAUGAAUAAAAGUUCCAGUUGAUUUCACUUAA